AUGUUGGCUCUCCAUAUUAGCCUUUAUGCUCUGCUGGCUACCUCGUUGGUCUUCGCUAUCAUCGAGUUAGGUCUAUCUGGAUAUGUCGCCUCUGUCUGGGGUGGUACCACCGAGGAGCUUUCUGGAAAUUACUACUCGGGAUAUUAUUACACGGAUGUCCAUGUCAGCACGCCGGGGAUUUUGGACUUUCUGAUCUUUAACUCGGUCUGGACUAUGCUUGUCACCGUCGCUGCGGCUGUGCUGUCAUGGUUUUAUACUCGCAAAGGUGCCGCUUCAAAGCUUAAUACCAUUCUGGGGAUUGCUUUUGCGGUCGUCUAUUUUAUUACCAUGGUCUUUUGGUUGGCUUGUUUUGCCGAUAUUGCUUCCAUGCUCAACGGAAGCACCAGUACAAGCGACUACUUGAAUGCUGUCAUUGCCUUUGCUGUCAUUCUCUGGCUCCUAUUCGUCGCUUUGUUCAUUCUCGCCGUCCUGGCGCUUUGUGGUGUGUUGGUAUCGGAUUGGGUAGGCUAUCAGCCUCUGCGUAACACGCAUAGCGAAAAGGGACCAGCUGCCGCUACCGUUCAUGAGGUGCCGAUGAGUACGAACCCCGUUACUUCUCCGUCAGAGCUGUCUAGUCGGGAUGCUGAGGGUCUAUAUAACCAGCCGAACAACCAGCCCAUUAGUCCCUCAUCUCGUUCGAAUGUUGCUAGCGUCGAACUCAGUGGCGAUAGUGCUCACGGUCACCAUGCAGGCUACGCAUGA